AUGGAUUGUGUAAAUGGUCAGCCAACUAUUUGUCAGUGUAAAGAGGAGCAUGCAAACAUAAUUGAUUUUCUUAAGGAUAGAGUGGAUUCGGUUUAUUCCUUCAGGGAUAGAUAUUUUGAGAAUCAUAAAAUUGAAGAAGCCAUAAAUAAACAUGAAGAGAUUGGAAAGCUACUGAGUGAUACAUUAAUAGUGUUUAAUGAACAUGAACAUUUGAUUAGUGAUACAACAAGAGCAAGGUACAACUAUUUGAAAGGAAAACUAUUGAAUGUUGUUCCUAAAUAUAACAAAGAUGCUGAAAGUUUGUUAUCUAAAUCCAUCAAAUUGGACCCCAAACUUGUUGAUGCUUGGAACGAAUUAGGAGAGUGUUAUUGGAAAAAUGAUGACUUGAGAAAAUCUGUCAAUUGCUUUGAAGGUGCUCUGAAAGAGAAAAAGAAUAAAUACUCUCUGAGGAACCUAUCAAUGCUAGCAAGGCAAGAAGAAUCAAAAUCCAGAGAAGAUCGGAUAAAGAAUAUAGAAAAAGGAGUGAAUUAUGCCAAGGAGGCUGUCCAACUUGAUCCUCAAGAUGGUUUGUCUUGGGCGAUACUAGGCAAUGCCCACCUUUCUUCAUUUUUUGGAAUUCAGCAAAAUCCGAAGAUUCUGAAACAGUGUUUGAGUGCCUACUCACAAGCAGAGAAAGAUUUCAUAGCCAAAAGUACUCCAGAUCUUCAUUAUAAUAAAGGGAUAACUCUGAAGUAUGAGGAAGAGUUCAAAUUGGCAUUGGAAUCUUUUAACGAGGCUUCAUUAUAUGAUCCUACCUGGGAGCCACCAAGAAUCAAAGAAAAGCAGCUUGUAAAAUAUUUGACUGAUAUUAAAGAAUUUGUUUCGACAAGUGGAAAAAUGAAGGCGAAACGUUUGACGCAGAUUUUACAGUCGAUAGAUUCCAGACUACUAGGACCUUAUAAUGGUGGCAGCUAUACCUCAUCAAAUGGUCAAACUGUUAAACUUGAAGAUGUAAAAUUAGACGAUUUGAAAGCUGGCACAAAUGAAGAAAAAGUGGUAGUAGGAAAAGUUGUAUGCUCGGUGAGGAAUGAAGAUACUGUGCCCUUUACAUUCUGCAUGGUAGAUAAAAGUAGUACCUGCGUGGUGGUAACAAUUUUCAAUCUGGCUGAUGGCAAGGGUGUGAUAAUUGGAGAUUCCGUAGCUAUUCCAGAACCGUAUGUGACUGAUGUUGAUUUCAACUAUAAGGAUAUUGACUAUAAAUUUAGACUGAUACGUGUAGAAACUCCAGUGAUAUUGGUUGUGAAUGGUAAAAAAGUAGGAAGAGAACUCCAAGCAGGUGUUCAGUUGUCAAUAUUCAAAAAAUUCGAAUGACAUUUGUCCCUUUCCACUACAAGAGCGACAGUUCACCAUGUAAUAAAGAGUUAGUGGAUCCAUAGAGAGCAGCCGAACAUUAUUAAUCGAAUAUUGAAGGAAUAUCAAAUUUAACAUUCCCUUUCCCAACAUCACGAGACAAGUAGGUAUAAUGAAAAUUCUUGAGCUGGUGCUAAAUUUGUUCAAAAUCAGACUGUGAAAAUUGUUUUAAUGAUGUUGAUUAUGUAUAUUGGAUUUUUUUAAAUAUUGCCCAUAUUUUCUCCUUGAUCUCAUUGGAUUGAUUCUUAAUAUUUGAUUUUAUAAAAAAUAUUAAGUGAUUCUCACUAAUAAUUAUUAAUUCUCAUACUUAUUUAUUUUCUUGUUUUAUAUCAUGUAUCGAAUUCAUUCAAUAAUAGUUGUUGAAUAACCAAACUUUUCUAAUUUGUAACUUUUUAUUUUGUAAAUAAAAGACAUGAAAAUUCUUUGUUUAGCAUUUAUUUAUGGAUUCAUAUUCUUUUUCACUUAUUGAAAUUACUGUAAAUUUCACUCCAUACAAGGAUUCUUGAUGUCAAUUUGCUGUAUCUUAUUAGAUUAGGUAGGUACACAUAAUAGUUCAAAGGAAGUUAGUUCCUUAUACAACCGUUCACUCUGAAUGGUGACUUUUUUCAUAUCUCGUUCUGCAAUUUGAAAAAAUUUCAGUGAUAUUGCAGAAUAUUGUUAUUCCACAUAAAAUGUUAAGUGACCAAGCAAAUAAGUUAUGAUCAUUGAAAAUAUUCAUCUUUUUUAGUUUUAGAGAUACCAUUCAUGAAAUAGCAAUACUGUCCCUACGGUAUUGUCGGUAUCCUGAUGUAAUAUGUUCAGAACCUCGAGACAUUUCUAUGACC